AUGUGCAACCUCAAAGGCAUCGUUGUAAUUGCUGUCUUGGCUGUCACAGUCACAAUCACUGCUGCUGCUGCGAUAAGGCCUAGCAUUCAGCAGUCGGUCGAGACAGUCGUUGACAUCGUCACUGCCACCACCACUGUUCAGCCUCCUGCCACUACCUCUAUCAAAUGCGAUCACCAGUGGUGCCAGGACGGUGCUUCCAUGUGCGCCUACUGGGCUGGAGUUACAGCUUUCCUGCCAGGUUUUGACCCUUCUCGAGGCCCUAUUCCAGGAGAGACUGUCACCAACCUAGGUCCUUGCGCCAUGCCUACGGCCACCGCCGCCCAAGACCUCCUGCCGCGGAAGGUUGAGGCCAACAAGAUGCUCAUCACUCCUGCCCCCACAGUCACAGUGGACUGCAGUUAUAAGUUUUGCCAGGACAGCACUUCGUACUGCAUGUACUGGGCUGGUGUUACUGGUUGGGAUGUCUCGCUUGGUGCGAUCCCUGGAAUGCAGCGCACCUCUCUUGGCAAUUGUGAAGCUCCCACCUCGACCUCCGUGGACGAGUCCGGCAACAACAACCUCCCGAUACAGACUGCUACUGCCAAGUCUUUCAAAGCGAGAGGUGUACCUUCCUUUCAAUGA